AUGUUCAGCAACAACAAGAUCAUCGCAAUGUGCAUCGCCGCCGUGGCUCUAUCAAGCCACGUGCAGGCCGAGAAGCAAGUAGCCGAGACGUUUGGACUACUCAGUGUACCUGGUGUCGGUGUGGGUGUUCCCGGUGUUGCUAGCGUCGGAGUGGGUGGCCCCGGUUACGUUGGACCAGGUGUUGGUGUCGGCGUCCUGGGCGUUGCUAGCGUUGGUGUCGGUGUCGGUGUGCCUGGUGUCGGUGUGGGUGUAAACGGCGUUGGUGUUGGCGUGAACGGUGUCGGAGUUGGGGUGGGUGUUCCGGGUGUCGCUAGCGUGGGUGUGGGUGCUUCCCCUGUAGUCGGAGUGAACGGUGUCCAUGCUGGUGCACCUGCUACCGUUAUCCACGACGGUGUCGACGUCGGCGUUGGAACUGGCGCGAGCAAGACUGUGACUGUGACGAGUGAUGACGGUGCCAGCACGGCGAAGACGUCCACCGGUACGGGUGCAGUAAACAGAAAAAUACAUGCAUCGUUUUCAUGGAUCGACACGCUUUACCGCAAGUUCCAGAUUGACAAAAAUCAGAUUGCCAAAAAGUUCGAGGACUACCAGCGGCCUACGAAUGUGGCAGACUUUGUGGCGGAGGUGGGUGUAGAUCCCGCACUCGGCCUGUCUCGCGACGAUGCCAUGACUCGCCGCGCGCUCUACGGUGCCAACCGGGUAACUCCUCCCGUGAACUGUCCGUCCUGGGUCUGCUGUCUACUGCCCUGUCUCAUGCGCACAGCCUCCAUGCAGGCGUAUCAAGGGGCGCUGCCACGUGAGGCAACGGUGCGUCGUCGAGUUGAUGCUGCGCCGGGCCAACCGGCCUCUAGACGUAUGCGGAUGGACGCCAUGAGUCUCGUGUACGGCGACGUAGUGGGAACUCAAGGUUGGGGGACGUGGCAGGCGCGGGAUCUUCGUGUCGGUGAGUGCUCGGACGAUUGCGUCGUGGACCAGGAGACGCUAUUGGGCGACGACGGAGUAGAUGAGGAAGCGGGACAGGGGAGGCAGCAGGAAACACGUCACGACUGA